GGAAGGCUUAAUUUGCGGAUGGGGAAACCUGAUGCUAAUUAAAUCUUUGGAAUGUCACAUACUGGCAUUCUAUUCCAGAAGCCUUCAGAGUGGGUCAGACAUGGAGUGAGGGGAGCGAUGCACGUUUCUAAUUGUUUUCUUUUCUUAUUGAUGACAUUCAAAAAGGGCAUCCACACCAAAUACCAGAGCCACAGGUAAUGUUCCUUAUUGUUUUGUCUGUUGGAGAUUCCUUUGUCAUAUCUGGAUUUUCAGGUAGCCUACUUUAACAAUUAUGGUUAAACAAGAAAAUACAUACGGGGAAACCAGCCUAAACCAAAUCUAAUUUAAACAAAUAAGCAUAUCUAUCCAAAAUGUGACAUUUUUUGCGCACUGGUGUCAUAAGAGUGAAAAGAUGCUGAAGUUUAAAUCGUUUUCAUUUUCUCCAGGGAGAUAAACAAAUGCAAAAUGGCAUUUUCCAAAGCAGUGCUGUUGUUAAUGCUGUACUCGUUAUCACUACAUGACACAGUAAGAGGUGUCGCAGAGAUAUGCCGGGGGACGCACUGCCACGGUGGCGAUACUGGGGAUCCCAGACCCUGCAUCGGAGCCCACUGCCCGGGGGGGAGAUCGUCCAGACCUCCGCGGCAAUAUAAUCCAACAACACAGGGCAGAUCGGGACAGAUAGUCCCCAGCCAGCACCAUGCAUACCCCAGCUCUCAGUCAAGAGGAGACACCCCAGACAAGUAUGUUGUUCAACCACAGCGCGGUAGGCACAGUGACAGCGCUAGGGAAAGCGCAAGGAUGCAAGCGUCUGAAGUUUUCGGUUCAGGAUGUACUGGAGCGGAUUGCGUUACUCCUCAGAAACAGCUCCACGCUAUUAACGACACCAGAGACUGUAAAGGGAUCGAAUGUAAAUUGCCACUAAGGAUACGGCCAAAGCCCCGUCCAAAAUAUUGUGUGGGAGAGGGCUGUCUGGCUAGUUCUGAGGAUGCCGCAGCCUCCAGCCAGCCUUCCCCUGUCCAUAUGGCGGACAGAGCUGCUCAAUUUCUGGGAGAAUUUCCAGAGUUUGGAUAUCCUGCAUCUGAACUUGGCAGCGCGCCUUUGGGAGUGCAGCUCACAUGUGACAUUACACCAGGUUAGUAUAUAGCCACUUAUCAAUUUUAUAUUUUAUGAAAUAUAUUAUAAUUAGUGUUAUAAUGCAUUUAAAUACUACACUGUAACGGAAUACUGUAAAUUAUAUGGUAGUUUGAGGUAUUAUAAACAGUAAAAUACUCUGAAACGUUUUCCUGCAUCAUACUGUACAUUAUGGUGCAUCUUCCAGCCAAUUGUGUUGAAAAUAGGUUCAUUAUUUAAGGCUUUGAUCAACACAGUGUACACUAGUGGCACCUGCUGGUCAAAAUAAUUUAGAGCUGCCAAAUUAUUAUAGAUGACAUCCCACACCCGAUAGUGCUAGCACUGCGUAGCCUUUUUGUCUUCUACCAAACAAAAACCAAACCAAUCAGGUGGUUGUUCAACGAAACAAAGCUUCAGACAUCAUUGAUCACGUGCUUCUGAUUAAGCAAUACAGGCAUCGGCACACUGCUUCAAAGUACACUGCUUAGCAAUUUCAACGCAUGCCUCGGAGCUUCGGCAUUAAACCUAACAUCACUACUGUUUUGCCUUGUAGUCGCUGCCAGUUUGGAAGCCUUUGGUAAGGCCUCUAGAAGUGCAAGUGAUAUAAAAACCAAAAUAUUCAUUAAUAAACUGUAAUGUGUAAACACUUUACCUAGCAGCCAACCUGCUUGCACCAAUCCCUUGUAAUUACAGUAAAAUACAGUUAAAUAAAAAACCCUCCCUCAAUGAAUUUCAUUCAUCCAUUAAUUCAUUCUGAUUACAGAAGCAUUUACCUUCUUACAGUAUAAUACAGUACAUUUUACGAUAUUGUACUGUGUGUCAUUACACAGUACUUGCUUUGAUACCAUAUUUAUAUUACAGUAGGUGUACUGUAAUAUGAAAUACAGAAUUUCACUUGUCACGAGCUGCCUGUAAGCUACUAUCAAAUUCACAGUAACACCUUUACAGUGUAGGCUAUCUAUUAAGAAAAUUGUAAUUGACAGAUAAGGGAAGAUGCAUAGUGCAUAAAGGGGUUCCAAAUCGUGCCAGAUUUAACUCCAUGGACGUGUGCGUAAUUUGGAACCCCUUUACACAAUGCUUAUGCAAAAUAACCAAAGUAGUCUCAUUCCAGAACAAGCGGUUUUGAUAGCAAUUUAUUUUCCAGUAGGCUACGUAGAUUUAUGUUUAAAAAUUACAUGGUGAAAUGGUAAUCAUAUAAUAACCCUUUAAUUACUUUUCAUUUAUUUGGGAUUCAUUUAAACACGCAACAUUAGGCAUCAUUGCUACCAUCUUCUUGUGUUUGAGACCCAAGAUUAUGCAUGCAUUGACUGCAGUCCAGUUGAACUAGAAAAAUAUCUGGCAGUCAAGAAAUCUUAGAAUGCUUUGAUGUCUAUAAAAAGCCUGCAUAGGGAACUUCCAUUACUUGAUGUUGGACUUUUAGAUUUUGUGCCAAAAUAGUUCUACAAAAAUAAAAAAGUAUUUAAUCUCAAAAAGUGAUGUAUUAUCAUAACUUCACAGUAUAUUCUAAUUUAGCAUUAACCACAAUUUCAGUAAUGAUUUGCUGAAUUUUGAAGUCUAAUCAUCUUAGAGUACAGCAGCACAUUAUUAGUACUUGGGCCUCCUGAGUGGCACAGUGGUCUAAGGCACUGCAUCGCAGUGCUAACUGUGCCACUAGAGAUCCUGGUUCGAAUCCACGACCGGGAGACUCAUGGGCGGCGCACAAUUGGCCCAGCGUCGUCCAGGGUAGGGGAGGGAAUGGCCGGCAGGGAUGUAGCUCAGUUGAUAGAGCAUGGCGUUUGCAACGCCAGGGUUGUGGGUUCGAUUCCCACGGGGGGCCAUAAUAAAAAAAUAAAAAUAAUAAUGUAUUCACUAACUGUAAGUCGCUCUGGAUAAGAGCGUCUGCUAAAUGACUAAAAUGUAAAUGUACUUGAUUCCAGUUUAAUAGCUAGCUAUACAUAGUAUUUUUUGGAAUUAACAUCCCAGUCACAGUUCCAUAUCCUUUCCCUGACUACUCCACACUAUAAACCCUGCUUGCCCUAUUCCAUUUCACAGGGGAGAACGAGGUGCCUUCAGAGGAUGCCCUCAUUUUACACCUCCAACUGGCUAAGGGGCAGGAGAAGCUGGUGGAGGCCCUUCGGGCACAGCAAACGAUCAUCCGCGACCUGCAGCAAAAGCUAGCCGAACAGCAGGGGGCGCUGUUGGACCAGCAGCGGGAGAUCCUGGAGCAGCAGCGGCGCAUGUACGAGCAGAUGAACAUGGUCAAGGCACAGUACGGCUUGCUCUCUGACACCGUCAAACAGGUGUCCUUCCAAGGCCUCCAAGGGGAGCUUCAGAGCUACUUCGAGAGCCACCUGGCAGGCCUCCAGAGCCAGGCUCGGAGCCACCUGCAGAAGUCCUACGCCAUUCGCAAGGACAUGCACAUGGAUGUGGAUGCUAAGUUGAUGGAUGUGGUCGGGGAAGCCCACCUUCCGCACCCCCUGCUGGGGUGUGGCGCCCCGUGUGGACCAGAGGAUUACUGUGACUUCCAGAGGGAGCCGCCGCAGUGUGAGAAGUGUACCAUGUGCCCACCUGGGUUCUUCCUGGUCUCCCAGUGCUCUCCCAAUGCAGACAGAAUAUGCCAGGACAGAGAUGAAUGUCUUGAAUUACCAAACCUAUGUGGACAGGGAGUGAAGUGCCUCAACACUCCAGGUAAGGCUUACAAACAUUUCUAAAUUGUAAUUAGACAUGAUAUCCAACAUGGUUCCAUAAAUCUUUUUACUGAAUAGCCAACUAAGAGUAUCAAGCAAUUUGGCACAUGCUCAUAUUUCUGAUCUCCUUCUCCCAUCUCUUUGUCGUUGUUUGAUGCUGAGCAGGAGGGUUCAGGUGCCUGGGCAUGUCGGAGAGGGAGGCUGCUGCUGGGGUAUGUGGCCAUGACUACUUCUACAACCAGGAACUUCAGGAGUGCCAGGCUUGUUCUGACUGCAAUGGAGACCCCAUUGCCAUCCCCUGUACAGCCACCAGCAAUUCUGUCUGUGGACCCUUCACAGACAACCUGAUGUCCCAGUCCUGGGGUGCCACCGUGACCUUGCCCCCAGCCAGGGCCCCUGGCAGCCACAUCUUCCCUGGCCUCCAGCUCAAUGUCCGGAGCAAAGAAGCCAGCGACUUGCUGUCCAACCACGCCGGCCGGCUAACCUUCCAGCAACACGGCUUGAUAUGGCUGGACCAUAACUUUGCCCUAAAGCACAACUGCAGGAACUUCCUCCAGGUGGGCAUGCGGCUCAACGGCAGUCAAGAGGAGGACCACGACCUCAGUGGGGUCCGCAUUGAGCAGUCAGACGGGAAGUAUUUCCAGGGCAUUAGCGUUAGUGGCAGCGCAGAGGUUGAGCCCAACCACAUGCUGACACUGUUCCUGAAGAGUCCCACCCAGCAUUGCAACCAGAGUAAGGACCUGCACGUCUAUGAACUCAACGGGCCUUCCUUCAGCCUGCUCUGGCUGUCCCACGAUACUGGAGCCGUGGCCAUGACGGCACAGAUGUCAAUGUCGGCCCACUACCAGACCAACUACCGUCCAACCUUCCGCAUCACCUCCGUCUCUGAUCCUUACAUGGUGGGGUUGACCCACGACAGCCGUGGGGUGCGCUUCACCGAGAGUGGCGUGGUGAAGUUUGUCCUACAGCAAGCGCUGUACUCCAUGGGCCACACCUGCGUCCGUGAGGGCUUCUCCCUGGUGGCCUACGCCAACCGCAACGGGACCAACCAGGAAUUGAUGCAGGCAUUCAAGUCAGGCGUCAACUACAGGGACACAUCCAUCACCCUUUCUGGGGCUGUCAGUGUGGAUAGUGGGCACUCGCUUAGUUUCGAGAUCCUAUCCCCGUCCCAGUGUAAUAUCCGCUACUUUGGAGACAGUACUGGGAUCAGUAUACUGAGCCUUAUCUGGAUCCCCUCAGCUGUCUCCUCUGCCCUGACUGCCACAGUUUCCAGGACAGGCCUUCCCUCUGGAGCUGUCCGCAACAAAGCCCUCCUCUUCCAGCAGGUCAGUCCGGAAUCAGACCAAGUGCGCCUGGCCCGUUCUGGGGAACCCAACGCCCAAAAGAACAUUGUCUUCUGGGGGGAUGGGACAGCUAACGUGGCCCUCAACCUGAAGCUGAUCCAUUCGUGUAAUGUAGUGAAGCUCACCCUGCACCGGCAGGGGGGCAGCGGGGAGGGUGGCCAGGCAAAACCCGUGGCCCAGCAGGUGUCUGGGCACAUGCCUGAGGGCAGCGAGUGGGCCAACGUGGGCCUGAGGGCCUCCUUCCAGGUCCAGAAUGGUACAGCCAUCUAUGUGACACUGGACUGCAUACGUGGUCGUGUUAACCAGAUCACCCACAAGGGUGGCACUAACAUAUCCAUCCUCUGGGUGGCAUUGUGAUCCAAAAAGAGGACCUUUUUUUGUUGACUUUGUCACAUUUUGUCAACGCGUCUUAUAAACUAACAUGGUUUCGCACAAUUUCAAAUUACAGAGCAAACUUGGAAGGUAGAGGAACUUUUUUGAAAUGGAAAGGUUGUGUUUUGUCUAAUGUUAAUAUUUUUGUCAUGUUAAUGUUGUUUGUUAAUGUUGUUUGGAUCUUGUUUUUGAUACUUUGUUGAUUAAUUGAUUAUUUUCGGAUUACAAGUACUGAUUUUGGUUGAGCAUUGACCAAUUAUUUUGUAUGGAGUAAGCUGAAUGAUGUGUGUGUUUUUAUAAUGUUUAUUAUGCCAUAUCUUAUUCCAUCAAUUUCCUGCACAUGAAUAUGAAAUGUUGCCUUUCUAUGCGUGUGUACUACAGAGUAUUUUGAUAAAAGAUCAAUUCAAUAUUUUAAAUGUAUUAUAUUUAACUUUCACCAAGCUGUUAUUUUUAUUUCAUAUUUUCAAUGAUGACUUAUUCUGAAUGUUAUGUCACUUAACAUAAUAGUAGUGUAAAAUAGGAAAACAUUAGUAUCGAUAUACUAUUGGAAACAAUACCUUACUUCAUAACCAGAAUUGUACUUCAAUCUCUUUUGAUAAAACAAACAAUCACAGUUGUGUCAUGUAUGCCAAACAAUAGAAUGAUGUUACAAAUAUUGAUGUGACCAUGGAGCUACAGUAUAAGUGUAGUAUACAUUACAUUUACAGAUUAUUAUAAUUUUUACAUUAGCUAAUUCACACAAAUCAGGUUUUAUGUAGCAAAAAUAUGUUAACCGUUAACUACAUAAUGUAUGUUAUACUUUAGCCUCAAUACUCUUGGCCCUGUGGAAGUGCUGCCUAUGCAUAGCAUUCUUAAUUGCCUUUGUG